UUUUGUAUUGUCUUCCACUCUCUUCAUCUUAGUUUUGUCCCGUAUUUCACACCCGUCGUUUGUUGAGGUUUUCAUUUUUGUCCACCCUCUCUCUCUAUCAUCUCUCUCUCUCUCUACACAUUUGCAGAUAAAUCCCAUCACACCAUUAUUUCUCCGUUUUUUUCCCAUUUUUUUGGGUAUAUCCUUCCAUUGAUUUUCAUUUGUUUAAUCAGCUUCAAACAGUAGUUUGUUUCCGGGUUUUUGUUAUUGCGACAAAAGACAUUCCAAAGGGUUGUUUUAUGCAUGUUUUGAUAUCCAUAAGAGGUUGGUGUAAAAAGAUGGAGCUUGGAAAUUGGCUACUUUGGUUGGAUAUGGAGGAGGAGUUGAUUUUCUUCUAAACAAUCAACCUCUCAAAGCAACAGGAUCCAUCUCUUCCAAUCUUUAGCUUUGUUGUGUGCAUUCUUAAAGAGGCUGCUGUUUCAUUUGGGGCUUGUAAUUUCCACCAUGGCAAAGAUCUUGAAGUACUUCUCACAAAUGUUUGUUGUGAAGGAGCGUGAAAUGAAAAUUGGGCUCCCAACAGAUGUGAAACAUGUAGCACAUAUUGGUUGGGACGGGCCGUCUGAAAGCGCACCCAGCUGGAUGAACGAAUUUAAAAACGGACCCGAUUUUUCAACGAGCUCCCUUGGUCGUAAUGCCAGUGAUCGAAUGGGGUCCUCUAAUCCCAUGGCUUAUUCUCCUUGGUCCUCUCAAGAUUUUGAUCAAUCCAUAACCCAACAACCGUCAUCUGGCACGUUCAGAGAUCUUCCUCCGACUGAACUUCCUAACGUGCCCAAGAAACCAAAGCGAAAAAAGGUCAAAUCUUCGUCAAGCUCGGGGGGAAGAUCUUCACGAGGAUCAAAGUAGAAUGCGGUUGCGUACACCCAAAUGGAGGCAACACAGAACCUGCCAACAUAGAAAGAGUGCAAGAUUCUGAGUUUGAUCGAUCAAAAGUUAAAAGGCACUGUCAAUGUGCAUAGCAACGAUUUUGGAUGCUCGUAUGUUCUGCUUACUCUACCAUGUUCACAAGAUUGUGAAGGGAUUAAGUUCUUAAAAAUUGGACAUAGCUUAUGUGAAUUUUAGAAAUGCAUGCAUGAUGCAAAACUAAGUGGUGGGAGAAAUUUUUUGGAACAAAAAUGUGAAUGUGGAUGAUCAUUGUGGCAAAGGGUGACGACCAGUUUAGGAAGACAACAGUUUUUUUCUUUUCACUUCUUAGUUUAAUUUGUAAUAAGCAUGCAAGUGAGGUUUUA